AUGGUGCUCGCGGGGACGUUCGCGACGCUCGGACGUUCGUCGACGUCCAUCGCGCGCGCGCGCGCGAGGUCUCGAAGGAGCGCGCGAUUGUCGUCGUCGUCGUGGUCGAACGCGCGAGCGGGACGACGUCGCAUCGCAGCGGGCGCGAUCGCGGGCGAUGAGGACGUGGCGAAGAGCGCUCGUGCGCCCGGGGUGCUGUAUGACGAUGCGUUCGUGGGGAGCGACGAUGCGUUCGAGUCUAAGCUCGAACACAACGCGGCGGUGCUGCGGAGAUUCGUGGAGGCGCUCGAGGGCGGAGCCGAGUGCUCAGACGACGAGUGCGGAGUGGACGAAACUAACGAGGCGGCGGAGUGGAUCAGACAGACGUUGGUGCGACGAAUCGAGACAGGAGGAAAACUACAACCGGCGCAGGCGCAGAUUUUACUCGGGGACGUCGUUGAAAAUCUGUGCACGUUGGCGCACGAGGGCAGCGUUGAGGCGCUGUGCGCGCUGCAGGCGGUGUGCUAUCGAAAUGCGUCGGCAUGUUGGAAGGUGGGGAACUCGCAUAAUAUGUUCGCUUACUUUCGCACGAUGUGCAUGGAAGGCGUCGAGGAACCGAUUCGGUGCUCCGCUUUCUUCCUCGCGUCGACACUCGUGGCGUUCAACGAAGAUUUGCAUCGAGUGGUGGCGAAGUCACGCUUCACUCCCGUCUUGAUGCAGAUGCUGCAAAACAAGUGCCAGAGCAUCGAGGCUUGCGACAUGGAGUGGCGUGACGUCCGGGGAUUGAGCGAGUGCGAUCAUGGAUUGAACUGCGUGCGGAACUUGAGUCAAAAUCCGUCGCAAACAAAGCUGUUGGUCUCCAACGGAGCUGUUGAACUUUGCGGUAGUUUUUUGAAGACUCACACUGGCGUCGGGAGGGUGAACGCAGCCAUUUCGAUCGCUAACUUAAUCGGUCGCGGGGACAAUGACGAGCGAUUGAACGCUGAUGAAACUAUUAUGGAGGAGAUCGUUGACCUCUUCCGAAAGGCUAUUGACGGGCAGUCUUACGAUAAUCUGAAGCACACGGUUUGGAAGUAUACGCAGGGCAUCGCCAAUGUGGCAACCAUGGAGGCGGCAAAGCCGAGGCUCGCAAAGGCUGGAGUGAUACCGCUACUCGUCCGUGUGCUUCGCGAAAAACAGCAUCAAUGGGACCGAGCCUCGUUCUGGGCCGCGAGCGCGUUAUGGAACCUCGCGUUUGAUGAUGAUGUCAAGGCACAGGUAGUCGCCGAACCAGGAGUGUUUGAAGCACUUGAAGAGGCGAGGAGACUUGGAAGCGAGAAUACGAAGAUGAAAGCCCGCGGCGCUUUAUGGAUGCUUAAACCGCCCGAAGAGGAAACCAAGAAGGAAGAUGGGACGACGCAGAACGUCGGUCUGAGCCAAGAAGAUAUGCAAAAGCUUGGCGCUAUUGAGAACGCAAAAGCGCAAGUCAUGCUCUCGUAUGAGUGGCACCACCAAGCUCAAGUCAUGCAACUGAAGGAGCAACUCAACGCCCGAGGUUUCAACGUUUGGAUGGAUGUCGAUCGUAUGAUGGGAUCGACUUUAGAAGCCAUGGCUGCCGCUAUCGAGUCCUCUGAUGCCAUUAUUAUGUGUAUCUCUGGUCGCUACAAGGAGUCCCAAGCGUGUCGCACCGAGGCAGAAUAUGCAUACACUCGAAAGAAGACGUUGAUUCCAGUGAAAGUCGAAAAAGGCUACAGUCCGGACGGUUGGCUUGGUAUUCUCGUCGGAAGCAAACUUUAUUACAACGUAUAUAACUCAGACAUGAUGACGCAAGCUAUUCCUGGAAUCGUCACCGCUGUUGAGGCUAUCCACAAUGACGCGAAGGCGCCGAAAUUCUUGCAAAAGGGAGCUGGUGAGGUGGUUCCGGACGCUCGUGGUGACAUGUCCGCGGAUGCUGCUUCUGCACCACCAGCACCAACAUCGUCUACGACGUCAUCGUCCCAAGGGGUAUCGGUACCGGUCGAUGACGAUGCCAUGGAAAGAUGGCUCAAUGCUGUCGGUUUGACGGCGUACGUGCACGUGUUCAAGUACCAACACAUCCAAGGUAAGACUUUAUUGAAGAUGCAUCAAGAGCUCGGUCAGUUGUCGAUGUCAGAUCAACACCUGCUACUCCAGAAUAUCCUCGGUAUUCAGUCGUACGGUCACAGGCUGCUCUUCCUGUCCGAAAUUGAAGAUUUGAUUGGACCUCUCAACGGUGAGCUUCGUAAACUGGCUGAGCGCCCAUCCGCUCCGCCUCCGAUGCCGAGACCGAAACGCGGGGCUCCGAAGAGGAGCGGGGGAGGCAGAGAGUAA